UUAACAACAUAUACUUGGAUGACUCCUUAAUCAUUAACCAACUUUUAAUAGUCAAUUCCUGUGUUCCUCUCCCAACUAUCUCCAUAACUUGGCCAUUUCGGCAUUUCCUCUCCUCCACAAAACUCAACACUCACUCAAUCCUCCUAGGCGGCCUUCACCAAAUGGCGGCCUUCACGCACCUCCUCCUCAGCCUCACCAUCAUCAGUACACUGAUCAUCAUCACACUUCCCAUCUCAGAGUCCCGCCUCUCAUCCACCUACUACUCCAAAUCUUGCCCCAACUUCGACAAAAUCAUGCAAGAAACCACCACCUCAAAACAAAUCUCACAUCCCACCACUGCCGGCGCCGCCCUCCGCCUUUUCUUCCACGAUUGCUUCGUCACCGGCUGCGACGCCUCCACCUUAAUCUCCUCCACCCCUUUCAACACCGCCGAACGUGACGCCGAAAUCAACCUUUCCUUACCCGGCGAUGGCUUCGACGUCGUCGUCCGCGCCAAAGCCGCCCUCGAACUCUCCUGUCCCUCCACUGUCUCCUGCGCCGACAUCCUCGCCGUCGCUACUCGCAACCUCGUCAAGUUCGUCGGCGGCCCAUACUACUCUCUCUUAUUGGGCCGCAAAGAUGGGCUCGUCUCCAAAUCUUCCCUUGUUAAGCCCAACACUCUCCCCAAGCCCAAGAUGAGUUUAGACGAAAUGAUCGAUAUUUUCGCCAGAAACAAGUUCUCGGUGCGUGAGAUGGUUGCCCUCAGUGGGGGCCACACUAUUGGGUUCUCUCAUUGCUCGGAGUUUGCUUCUGGGAUCUAUAAUUACAGCUCCACUCAGGAGUUUGACCCGACUUAUAACCCGAGGCUGGCCCGUGGGUUGAGCAAGGCGUGUUCGAGUUAUGCGAAGGAUCCCAGUUUGUCGGUUUUCAAUGAUAUAAUGACGCCCAAUAAGUUUGAUAAUGUUUACUUUCAGAACUUGCCCAAAGGGUUUGGGAUCUUGGCUUCGGAUCGGGUUUUGUCUACUGACCCGAGAACCCGGCCCAUUGUUGAGCUGUAUGCGAGAGAUCAAAAUGCGUUUUUUAGUGAUUUUGCAAAGGCGAUGCAGAAGUUGAGCCUUGUUGGGGUUAAGACUGGCCGACAUGGCGAGAUUAGGCGCAGGUGUGAUGCUUUCAAUACUUGAAAAAUAAGAAAAAGACUAAUAAAAAAUAAAGAGAUAUUAGAAGAAGAGUUACAGAUUUGCAAUAAUUUAUUGCAUUUUUUGAGGGUAAUUUAAUGUCUUUAAGUGCUUUUUUUAUUAUGUUUUUUUUAUUUUUUAAAAAUUUCUUGGUUGUGGCCUUGUGGGUAUUAUUAAUUUUUUUCUGGGUAUUGCUUAUAUAGUACUUACUACUGAGUGGAAUUUCUGUGUAUUUACAUUGUGAUAAUAGCAAGUGCCAAAGUAUAUAGUAGUCAUUAUUGAAGUAA